AUGGUGGAGCCACCUGAAGAGGAAUUCGGCACGCUGUCAAAUCAAUCUGUAUCCAAUGGUCUUAUUGGCAUGCUUCAGAGACGGGUAGGCUACACAACAUUUCAAACAGUUGUGUCUGCGACACAUUCCCUCCCCACCUCCAUGAUUUAACACCCCCAAAUAGUUGGACAAGUAAAUGUAUGCCAUAUACAGCUAUUUUAGAGCAGUGGUUCCCAAUCUGUGUCCACUUCUCGUGGCCUCCGUGUGCGCUCUAUCAAAUAAAUAACACCAUCAACUUGUAAGACAUAUGGCAUGCGUAAUAGCUCCCCCCCCCCUCCCCCCGCGAAAAAAAAAAUCGACAUUAAUUCUCAAAAGGCAUAUGCGAGUCAAAAAUGCUGGGUACCACUGUUAUAGAGAAAUCAAAAAAAUAACACCAUCAACUUGUAAAACAUAUGGCAUGCGGAAUAGCUCCCCCCCCCCUCCCCCCGCGAAAAAAAAAAUCGACAUUAAUUCUCAAAAGGCAUAUGCGAGUCAAAAAUGCUGGGUACCACUGUUAUAGAGAAUGUUCCUUUGUUUUUAAGACAGUGUUUAGUCAAAUCUAAUGUAGGGUAUUAAAAAAAAUUAGAACUAUUUUUCUAUGGAAAUCGCACAAAUGAGAUAACUGUUAAAUAAGAUUUAACUGUAAUUUAUGCAAUGACGCAUUUCAGGAAGUCGACCUGGUGAUGGCACCUUUAGCGAUUGACCCUCUGCGAGAUGAGGUCAUUGACUUCACCUUCCCGUUCUUCACCGAGGCCACGUUGAUGGUGCUGAGAAAACCAGACCCCGCCGAAAAGAAAUGGCUUACCCUCAUACGACCGUUUGAUUGGCAGGUGCGGGGAGCUUUAAAGCUGAGAAGAUAUUUGGUACACGUCUACAAGUCAAAGAGCUCGUUGAAAUGACUGGGACACUAUGUUGAUGGCCCGGGGCUUAAUUAGAGAAUACAUUUUGGAGCAGAGUUUGAACAAGAGGCAGCGGCGUAGCUUGAGUGUUUGGCUUCCGGUCACAAGAUGCAUUUUAAAGCGCCUCCCCUUUUCUUGUUUUCAACUCUCAAACCCAUUAUUUUCAUCAAUAAAAUAAUGUCCUAGCACAUUGUGGCGCCCCUAACUAGGGACAUCUUUACCCGCCCCCGCCCCCCUUAGCUACGCCUCCGACAAGAUGUGAAAUAAUUUAUACUGACAUGUUAAGGAUAUAAGAUGUAAAAUAUAGAAAUUCAUAAUUUUAUCAGGUAUAAAAGGAAUGAAAAUUAAUAAUGGCGAAGUAAAUACGGUCAUCAACAGAUUUUUGUUCUUAAAAAUAUGGCCCUCAUUUUUUUUUGUUUGGUUGAUCUUCUCAAUAAGGUAACAAUUACUUCUAUGUCAUAUAUAAUAGCGUCGUUUGAAUGUGAAAAUUAUAAGUUUAUUUUGUCUUACAGUUGGAUUUUUAAAAAGGUUAAAGCUAACAUAAUAUUACGAAACUAAAAUAAGAUUAAUUUUAAGUGGCUUUUUGUGGGGGGGGGGGGGGGGGCGGGGGGGGGAAAAAAAAAAAAAAUGACUAGAUUGUCGUUGACACCUCUGCAUAUGGUUAUCUUUAAAGUAAAUUAAAAAAAAAAUUAAAAUGCACACAAUUUUAGAAUGUACACAUUAUGUAUGUUUAAAUGUAGGCCUAAGUCAGAUGAGCAGUACGUGACCGAGGCAAUUCCAAAUAGUCUCCCAUUAUUUAAUGGCUGCAAGUUUCGUUGGAAAUGACACAUUUUUAGAAUAUUUUUUAACUUAGAAAUAUACUGCUUUUUAAAUUUUUUAUUAAAUGUAAUUUUUAUUGAACAGGCAGUUCAGAUAUAAAAAAAAAAUAAAAGAAUUCUUCGAAAUAACUAACAUUUUAAUUUUUAAAUUUAAAAAUAAUUGGGAGAAUGUAGUAGAAAAUAUCAAAGGCCACCCAGUAUUGUGUGUAUUUACUUCAGGUCCACAUUGCCAUCUUCAUCUCCCUCAUUGUUGCGACGGCGCUCAUCACUUUCCUGGAACGGAUCAACCCGUACUACCGACACAAAGCUAUCACAAGUGAACUGCACGGGAUAGCCGACAGCUUGAUGUACAUGUUUGGUGCGCUCAUUAAUCAGGGUGAGUUGGGGGUGGAGGCUAUUCAGUCAUGUGUUUUACAAAAGGUGGUGGUUCCAAAAGAUAGGUUGCGAUCCGUUCCACCAUUUUGUCGUUCUUUUUAAAUAUGUAGGAAAACUGAGUAGCUAGCCCUUGGAAAACGCCAUUCCCCCCCCCCCCUCUCUUUUGUCACUGGUUCUUGUUAGUUAGUUCACCUUUGUCUUUAAAAUAAAAAUGUUUUAUUUGGUUAUUGAGCUCAGGCCAAAACGCUGCAUUUAAUAUGGACGUGAUAUUUUGUCGUUCUUUUUAAAUAUGUAGGAAAACUGAGUAGCUAGCCCUUGGAAAACGCCAUUCCCCCCCCCCCCCCUCUCUUUUGUCACUGGUUCUUGUUAGUUAGUUCACCUUUGUCUUUAAAAUAAAAAUGUUUUAUUUGGUUAUUGAGCUCAGGCCAAAACGCUGCAUUUAAUAUGGACGUGAUGACACAUGUUUAAAAAAACAAAAAAAAACAAACUAAGAGCAAAUUACACUAGUUAAACAAAAUUUAAAGUAGUUCUUUUAAAGGUGUAACAACAAAUAUUGAUAGUACCGUUGAUGUUCUAGGUGUAUGAGUACGGUCCAAUGUGGCUCGUGCGUUUACUCAUUCAGCACUCCUAACUUAGCAUUCCAAAUAGUUAUCAAUUAAAAGCAUGAGGCCACAGUGCCACGGAUCGCAUCACGGUAAGUUUAUGGACAGAAUGUACACUUCGCACAGCAUCAAGUAAAUCUCCUAAACUGGGGGAAACAUACUUGUCAUUGCUUUGUUACUUCAUACAAAUAAUUCACUCAGAUCUGUUGGAUAAAUAACGCGAUGCUUGAUGAGAUGUACACUGGAACACGGCUAGAGCCCAUCUCCACUUGGAUCUUAUUAUUUUUUCUGUCUUGUCGUAUGUCUGCGCAUGAAAUAUUUAUAUAUCAAACUUCCUGUUAAUCUUAAAUUGCGAAAACAAUACAUUGUACGAAACAAUUCAUCAUUUUAAUAUUUGAGCUGUUGCAAAUGGGAUUAAACCCACGUUAAAGCGAGUUAUUCGCCGUAAGUAACGGAGAGGUCUAAAUGUCUAAAAAAAAUAGAUACACUCUACACAAUGAGAUGUCGUUGGGACUAAAAUGAAAGAGGACGUCAUUAAAAGAGGAGAUGACAUCAAUUGACGACAGUGGCUUAAAUAACCAGAAGGACGAGCAUUACAUUGUAACAGAGAAUUGGCACAGGGUAAUAAAUAAUUGCAAAAUUUGUUUGCUUAAACAAAUAUAGAGCUGCUUUGGCUUUCAAAGUUUAGGUCAAAUAAAACAAUACAUAGAGAAAAAAAACAAAUGUAAUAUAAUUUUAUCGUGUAACUUCCUUAUAAUUAUAUUUCACUGAAGGCGGGGAACAGCUGCCAAGAUCAGCGACUGGCCGGACUCUCCUGACGUUUUGGUGGCUGUACUGCAUCGUGGUGUCCUCCACGUACAGCGGCAACCUCAUCGCCUUCCUCACCGUCACCAAGGAACCGGUGCCCUUCUACAGCCUGCAGGGCAUGCUGGGCCAGGACAAGUUCAAGUGGGGGGUCAUGGGCAAGUCCAUCUACGAGAUGCUCUUCCAGGUAAUAAAAGAUCAGACGAGAUGCUGUUCCAUGUGAUAUAAGAUAAGAUGAGAGGAUAUUCCAGGUUAUAAAAGAUAAGAUGAGAUGCUGUUCCAGGUCAUAUAAGAUAAGAUGAGAUGUUUUUAUAGAUCCAAAUAAAAUGGAAGGUGUUUUUUUUUUUUGCAUUGCAUUUAUUGAUUUCAGCAUUGAAAGUCUUUGUCUGAGUUUCUGUUCUUCCCUGAAAUUGGUCUGUAGCAAAAAAUUCGGUGAAUAUAUAUUUUUUAACUGCUCCCGCCAACACAAUUUUACUUAAAUUAUUUUUUUUUUGGUUGGUUUAGUACUCAGAAGAUCCCGUUAAACAAGCCUUGUGGGAGAGGAUCAAGACAGUCAACCAAUCGGACCCGUCUGUCCUGUCACUGAAUGUCAACGAGCACUUCGGGAGAGUGAAGCGUGAAGACUACGUCUUCAUUGUGGAGAAAUCGAUCACGGACUACUGGCACGUGGACGAAUGCGAUCAUAUUCUGAUCAAGGAGAACCUCUUCACGCUGCAUUACGCCGUCGGCCUGGUCAACGGCUCGCCUUACACAGAUCUGUUUUCAGAACAGUAA